AUAAAAUCCAAUUAGUGCAUGUCUGAACGAAAACUUGAUCGAUAUAUAAUACAUUGACAGGUGUUUAUACCCAAACUUACAUUGGUGUUUUAGAAUAUAAGGCGGGAACAACACAUCAAAACAAAAAUGGCAGCGACCGGUAGAAUGAACCAUGAAUUAAAAAGAAAAGCCAAAGAAGCAGAGAAAAAUUGCAGUGAUCCUGUUGAAUUGUUAAGAUGUAAAUGUUUACAAAGAGGUGCAAGUGGUAUAAAAGGACUAGCACGAACAUUCAAGAUUUUUGAUGAUGAUGGCAGUAGAUCCCUUGAUAAAUCAGAAUUCAGCAAAGGAAUCCGAGAUUAUGGUAUUGUUUUAGAGAGAGAUGUUGUUGAUCAAGCUUUUGAUGCCUUAGACAAAGAUCACAGUGGAAAACUGGAUUUUGAUGAAUUUUUAAUUGCUUUACGACCAAAAAUGAAUGCUAGUAGAAAAGCUUUAGUGACACAAGCUUUUAACAAAUUAGACAGAACAGGAGAUAGUUUAAUCACAACAGAAGAUUUAAAAGGGGUAUAUAAUGUAAAGAAACAUCCUAAAUACUUAAAUGGAGAAUGGACAGAAGAUCAGUGCUUGCUUCAGUUUCUUGCAUCAUUUGAUUCAGAUGACAAAGAUGGAAAGAUAACUCGUGAUGAAUUUGAUAACUAUUAUAGUGGAGUCUCUGCCUCGGUGGACAGUGAUGUGUACUUUAAUUUAAUGAUGACAAAUGCUUGGAAGCUGUGAAUGGCUAAAUUCAUCAAAUAUUUAUUUAAAAUUAUAGAGCAGUAGCAGGUUCUCAUGGAGACUAAAACCAUCAAAUAUUUAUCAUUUACAAAAUAGUAGGAGGUUCACGUGGGGACUCAAGUCAUCAAAUAUUUAUAAUAAACAAAAAUAUGAGGUUCUCAACAAGGGUCAAUAACAUUUUGCUCAUGGAGACUAAAGUCAUCAGUUAUUUAGUAUUUAUAAAAUAGUAUGCGGUUCUUAAAAGGGGUCAAUAAACAAAACAUUUGGCUCAUGUAGACUAGUUUUCAUAUGAUAGAAAUCCUAAAUAUUUUACUGACACUGCAUUUUCUGCUUUCGUUAUGUUGGGAUAAGAUGAAAGGGUACUACUGUAGCUACACAUUUUCUUUACUUUGAAGGCUAAGCUUGCUAUAGUAGUAAGAAUUUCGUCUGUUUUGAGGAUCUGCUUUAGACUUAGUACUAUAUUACCCAUUGGAUCCUAGUAAUAGCUCGGCUUAUGGACACUACAUGUUACAGGGGCGGAUCCAGGAGUAUAGGUUAGGGGGGGCGCAAACUUAAUUUUUUGCCGAGCGGAGCAAGGCGAAAAAUUUUAUGAGGUAAAAUUAUCGAAAUAUUCUUUAUUAAGCUGAGGACAACCCAUGCUUUGCAAAUUUUAGGGGGCGCACACCCUCCAAGCCCCUGCCUGAAUCCGCCCCUGUGUUACCAGAACAUUUGUUUGAACAGUAAUGCUCAAUUCUUGUACAUAUUCUCUGUUAUAUUAAACUAUAUAAAUUGU